AUGGGUCUUAAUAGAAUAGUUGGGAUAAUAUGUUUGUUUUUGGUCUUGCUACAUGUAAUCUUGGUGGCUGCGCAAGACAUCCCCCAGCCGCAAGGUGACCCUGCAGCCGCAGCCGCAGGGGGAGGUGACCCUGCAGCCGCAGCCGCAGGGGGAGGUGACCCUGCAGCCGCAGGGGGAGGUGGAGGUGCAGGAGGGGGCGGAGGCCCUGCUGACGGGGGAGGAGCUGGAGGGGCCGGGGGGCUUGGAGGUGGUGGAGGGCUGUUCGGGGGGCCGCUUGGUGGGGGAGGUGGCCUUUUUGGUGGUGGGCUUCUUGGUGGGGGUCCUGGGGGAGGUGGGAUGCCCUUGUUGACUGGAAACCCACAAGAUGUAAUUAAGGCUGGGAUGCAUUUUACAUUGAACCACCUGGAGGAGGUUGUUAAGAAAUCACCACUGCUAGUAGAAGCGAAGAAUGAUCCAAGAACAACCGCGGCUUAUAAUGUUUGUAUGAAUGUUCUUGAUCGAUCCACUAAAGAUUUACAAAGAACUAUAGAUAGGAUGAAUCUUUUUGAUUUCGAUUUGGAUGAUUUGGACGAUCGCCUUUUUGAUCUCAAAGUGUGGCUGUCCAGUGCCAGUAAAGGCCAACAUACUUGUUGUGAUGCUUUUGAGAAAACAAGCGGAGAGGCAGGCGAAAAAAUGAAGGAACUCUUGAAAGUAUCCCAAGAAGUGACAGUUAUUGGUUUUAAUAUGAUUGAUAAAUUAACCAUUGUUUUCCAAGGUUUGCAGGGGAAGGCAGGGGGACAGAGUAUGGCGGCUUCGCGAAAACUAUUACAGGAUCCAUUGCCACCAGAUCAGGUUCCUGCCUGGGUAAAGCCGAAUUGGAAAAAUCUCCUUUCCGGUGAUGCUGCCAAAGCCAAGGCUAAUGCGGUUGUGGCAGCGGAUGGUUCUGGAAAAUUUAAGACUAUCUGUGAAGCUGUGAAAACAAUUCCAGCAGAUAAUCCAGACAUGUUUAUUAUAUACAUUAAGGCCGGCGUGUAUGCAGAAAACGUUGUAAUUGGACCUAAUCAGCCUAACGUGAUGGUAAUCGGGGACGGGCCAACAGCAACUAAGAUCACAGGUUCGAAAUCUGAGAAGUCAGGUGCCAACACAUUAGAAUCUUCAACUUUUGGAGCGGAAGGAUUCAAUUUCUUGGCAAAGGACAUUGGAUUCGAGAACACAUCACCAGCAGAUGCAGGUCCUGCAGUGGCGCUUCGCAUAGCAUCGGAUAAAGCAAUUGUGCACAACUGCCAUAUGAGUAGUUUCCAGGACACUCUGUUCGCUCAGGUUUACCGCCAGUUCUACCGUGAUUGUGAAAUCUCAGGCACCAUUGAUUUCAUUUUUGGAGGCGGGAUUACCAUCUUCCAAAACUGCAAAAUAAUUACCAGAAAACCUGCUCCGGGCCAGGCCGACCUGGUCCUAGCACACGCACGUCAUUUUGCUAAUGAUGUUUCAGGAAUAGUACUUGAUGGCUGUUCAAUUAGUUCAGAACCUGAUGUAUCUCCUGAUAAAGGUGUUCAAGUCUACUUGGGUCGCCCUUGGAAACCUUAUUCGAAAAUGCUUGUUAUUAAUAGCCAAAUUGAAGGCUCUCUCAGUCCAGCUGGAUGGGACGUUUGGACUGCGAAUGAGCCAAACACUGAAAAUUCAUAUAUUGUAGAGUAUAACAACAAAGGCCCGGGUGCUGAUGUUUCGAAGCGGGUGACAUGGCCUUCUAUCAAGAAAAUUACUCCUCAAGAAGCUUCUACUUAUACUCCUUCAGGUUUUCUCAAGGGGGACUCAUGGAUUCCAGUUACUGGCGUCCCGUCUUCGGGGUGUACUGGAGGUGCAGCAGCUUCCUUCCCAGAUGCUACCGCUGCUUCACCUGGCGCCAGUGCCCCAUCAAUGGCCUCAACGGCACCUGCAAAUGCGCCAUCUCCCGGUGCUGCAGCAUAA